UCCUCAUCUCAAAGUCUCUCAAACAUUGUGGUGAACAAAGAAAAAAAAAAAAAAGAAAAAAAAACUUUUAUCGAAAGCAAAAAAGAAAGAUGGGUCUGAGCCGUUUUGCGAUUUCAAAUGCAACAAAGCAGAUAUUGAAACUAAACUCAUUGGCGAACAAAAACCGAACAUCAUCAUCAUCAUCAUCGGAUCAUGUUCCUAAAGGACACGUAGCAGUUUACGUAGGAGAACAGAUUGAGAUGGAGAAGAGGAGAUUCGUGGUUCCAAUAUCGUUUCUGAAUCAUCCUUCCUUUAGAGAGUUCCUUAGUCGAGCAGAGGAAGAGUUUGGAUUCAAUCAUCCAAUGGGAGGCUUGACCAUUCCAUGUAGAGAGGAAGUGUUUCUUGAUCUCAUCGCUUCUCGGUUACAAUAAGAAAAAGUUGGAUCCGGUUUAGGAGAAUUGUAUUUAUAGAAAUCUUGAGAUUGAGAAUGUAUCUUUUCAUCCUGUUUCUUCCCAUGUAUCUUUUUAAAUCAUGGAGGAUAAGAAGAACUGAUACAUCUCUAUGUUUUAGCUAAUAAUAUUUUGACCCUUUCACAAUU